ACGUAGCCAGGGAGGUUGUUGUGCUCGGAGUCGCCUUCCCCUCGGACGCGGGGCCGCGCGCGGCGCCUCCGCACUCCACUGCUGGAUGAGCAGCACCAGAGCCUCGGUGAACGGGCAUCGUUAGAGCGCGACGUGGAGAGUGAGCGCGAACUGCACUCGGGGCCCAACCGGCCCGGCUGGCACGGGGCACGAUGGCCAGCCCGGAGGCGAUGGCACUGCGGGAGUGCGGCCCGCUGUACGCCGUAACGAACGCACUGCCCGCUCGGGUGUCCCGUGGUCUGCGCUCCGUGCCGCUCCGCCUCAGUGUGCUGGACGCCAGCAGCGAGUACCUGGCGCUGGGCACCAACGUGGGACAGGUCUUCCUCUACUGCCGGCGACGGCACCGCUUGCAGAAGCUCGAUGUGAAGUAUGAUCCCAUCACAGCUGUGAGGCUGCUCACCUGCCUGGAUGACCUGGUUGCUGUGGGAACUGCUACUGGCCGGGUGGUUUUGUUUCAGCUCACUUCUCCGCUCCCUGGACGCAACAAACAGCUGCACAGGUUCGAGGUGGCGGGCCAGCACUCUGUGUCUGUCGUGGCACUAGCUUGGAGCACCAAUGGCAUGAAGCUGUUCUCGGGCGAUGAGCGUGGCAAGGUCGUCUGCACCAGCAUCGACUUCGAGCUCGGCGUGUGCAACUCGUUUCUGGUGCACGAGGAAUGCAGCGGGGUGGUGCAGCUCGACUAUGCCCAGCGCACGCUGCUUGUCUCCACUGGCCAGCGCUCCGUGCUGUGCUUCCCCGAGACAGGACAAGCCGCGCGGCAGGUCGGGACCAAGCCGCGCAAAUGCACGGAGCCACUUGGUGCGUGCUUCAUCCCAGGCCUGUGCAAGCCGGCCGACCUGACGCUGCAUGCCGCGCGGCCCGGCCUGCGUCUCUGGCGCGCCGACAUGGCCGGCGCCGUGAAGGCCACGUACAUCUUCCGUGACGUGCUGGCACUGGACCCACGGCCCGUGCAGCUGACGGCGCGGCCCACGGUGGCGGCAGGUGGUGGCGGCGAUGCAGGGGAGCGUGCCUUCGGGCUUCUGCGGCCUUUCCUACCCACGCAGGGCCUUUUGAUGUCAUGGAGCCCCAGCGGCCUGUAUGUGUUGGACCCCACCAAGCAGGCGGUGGUGGGCAGCCUCGAGCUGGGAGCUGGGGACCUGGUGGCGGCCGCCUGCUGCAAUGAUGAAGUCUUCCUUCUGCUCGGCGAGCGGGAGCUGGUGCGCCUGUCGGCUCAGCUGCAGGGCACACCCGAACCAGCUGUCCCGCUGACCGAGAGAGGCGUGGGGCCGGGCGUCCCAGCGGCCGAUACCCCAACCGCGCUGCCCUCGGCACCGUACGGCGGCUCCCCCGUCCCCACGGCUCGCCCGGACGCCCCCCCCACCAUCACAAGCGCGAGCACCGGCCCCGACGAUCGGCCCGUAGCGAUGGCGACGUCCCCCGGCUCCGGGUCGGGGACCGUGUCCGCUGCCGAGCAGCGCGCGGGUGGCGGAGCCGACGUCGCCGUCGAGGGAGGGACAUCGACGGCUCACGCGCCCAAUGCCCCCGCGCCGGACGCGGGGCCUGAGGAUGGCUUGGCGGCGGAGCCCGUGUCAGAGGUUGGGUCGGGGGUGGCCGCCCGGGAGCCCUUGCCAGAGCAGAGACUGCGCUCGCUGAGCCUCGGGGAGCUGGAGGAGGAGGGGGGGAGGGUCCUGGCGGAGCCGCUCCGCAGGAGGAAGAAGAAGAGGCACGAGGGGAGCGGCAGCUUGGUGGAGGACAGCUCUGCCCCACUAACCGAGGAGAACCCGAGCAGCACGACUCUACCCCCAGCCCACGUGUCUGCGGGGGCCUGCGCAGUGCCCGACAGCGUCCCGGAAGCACCUAUAGCAGACCUUCAGUCGGAUGGGAACAGCGCCUCGUCCGGUGUUAACAGUGCGGACGCCGUGUCGGUCGCUGCCGUGCCCCAGGAGCGCGUGUCUGCGAAGAGCUCGUUGCCCGAAGCCGUGGGGUCCAAACCACGCACCGACGCGUGCAGAGAGGGCCACACGGGGAGGGGAGCGGCCGAGAGGCACGGCCCCAUGUCACUGCAUGACGAGUUACGGGAGCUUGGGGAGUGCGAGGAAACUCCUUGGACCUUGCACCUCACGGCUCUGGCGGCCGGACAUUCGGAGAAUAUAUCUGACGAGACGGCAGACGUGGAUGUGUCGUCUUCGCUGCCGAAGCCAGCUGUGGAUGUGAACAAACAGUGGACAUCAUUGAGCAAGGUGCCACAAGAAGACCUCGUCAAACAGCACCGUAGCGACGCUCCUUCACCCCUGAUUUUCUUAGACAAGGACAAAUCGCAGACGGCGAUGGCCGCCUAUGACUACCGCAGAUCUGACACUCGAGGCACAUUGCUGGGCGCCCCUGGCGUCGCUGCCGGUGUCAGCAGGAGCCUCGAUCACCCUCGGCAACAACGGAGCCCGGGCACCAGUGUCGACAAAGGCCGGUCGGGCAGCGUGACCUUGGCAGAUGACGGCAGUUUGGCCUGGUUGCUGGGCGACGAGGCUCCUCCCCGGCACGACGAGGCCACCGGGAGCGUCGCGCCGCAGGGCAGCGGCUACUUCGGGGAGACCGUCCCGGCGGCAUUUCUCGUGGACGACCAGCACUGGUGGAAGAAGCUGACGGCGGCGCACGAGGGGGGGAACGGGGAGCCCCGUUGCCAACAGGAGGAGGAAGCGCGGCGGGAGGAGGAAGCCGAGCCUGCCGCACGGGGCGACGGCUCUGACGAGAGCGACGGCGAGGACAUCUACGCGCGGUGGGCGCCUGCCUCGUCAUCCGACACCAGCGUGGCCGACGCGGAGGGGACUGUGCCCGGCGACGCCGAGAGCCCCGACGAGGUGGCCGGGGGAGGGUCGUCCACCUCGUCGGGCUCGGCGUGCGAAGGCCGGCAGGCGGCCGGCGGCUCCACCCCGAGCGUGCCGAGGGAUGGGCAGCUGUCAGAGUGCUGGAUGCGGCACGCGGGCCCGGGGUCACUGGCCGCCGGCCUGGCCGUGUCGGAGCGCCACCUGUGGUGCGUGGACGGCCGCGGCGUCCUGCACUGCGCACCCGUGGCCCCCGCGCCGGCUGGGCUGCUGUGGCAGAAAUACGAGGAAGGUGUGCGCCAUGUGGCCGUGUCACCUUCCGGCAUGCUGUUGUGGAAGGUGGAGCACAAGUCGGGUAAGGCGUUUGCCGCCAGCAAGGCCACGAUGCGCGGCAAGCGGCACUGGUACGAGGCCCUGACGCACGUCUCGCAUGUGGCGCUGGGAGAUGACUCGGCCUGGGUCGUCAACGUUAGCGGGCAACUCUCCGUGCAGACUGGCCUGAGUGGGGAGCGGCCAUGCGCGCGCCCCGUGCCGGUGAACAACUCGCCGCCACUGCUGCAGGUGGCGGCCCGCGCCGGCGUGGUGUGGGGCAUCACGUCGCAGCCCAACGCCACACUCAUGUGCCGCGAGGGAGUGAGCAGCCUCUGUCCCGAAGGCGAGCGCUGGGUGAUCGAGCAAGCCUGCGUGCAGCAGGGCCUGGAGGUGGUGUGCAUUGCGCUUGGUGACGACCACACGGGAUGGGUGCUUGAUGCCCAGGGACGCCUGUGGUUUCGCACUGGGGUCACGUCGCAGACUCCUGCUGGGGAGGGGGACCACUGGUGGCAGGUGUGCCUGAGCGAGUACGUGCUCUGCGAGCCGCCCUCCAUCCUGCAGUCUCUGACGGCGGCGGUGGCGGCGGCGGGCGUGGCGGCAGCGGCGCCCGUGGAGAUGCUCGCCGAGCGCCUGCGCGCCGUGCAGCGCCUGCGCGCCCCGCCCGCUGUCGGGGCCCACCAGGCGCCACUCCUCGCCGUCGGCCGCUCUGGCGUUUGGGUGCUGUCGGGGCGCAAUGAAAUUCACGUGUCGCGCGGGGACCUGACGGGAGCCUACUGGGCAUCUGUGGUUCCCCGGGGCACGGCCUCCACCUGCAUCUGGCUCUCCGUGCUCGUCUCCCCUUGCCCCGUCCACUGUGGCCCAGGCCACAGCGUGUGGGCCAUGCAGAACGGCGGCGAACUCUUCAUGUUCUCAUUCGAGCCGCCCGACGCCGGGGGGCGGCUCGAGCCCGCGGGGUGGCCCAUCGUCGUGCCCCUCCCACAGCCGCCCGUGCAGCUGAGUGUGGCGCAUGACGCCGUCUGGGCCCUCGACGUUGCCGGCCGCGUCUUCGUGCGCCCGCUGUCCCGCUCGGUUCCUGCUGGCGCCGUCUGGUUCCCGCUAGAUCUCUCGCAGCUGGGGUCCACGCGUCUGGUGAGCGUGGCAUGCGGUGGCCAGAACGUGUGGGCGUGUGACGCGGCUGGCACCGUGUACUUCCGCAUGGGCACACAGCCCCUCAACUCGAGCCAGAUGAUGCCCGCUUGGGUGGCCCUGGACAGGGACACACAGAAUUUCCAGCUGUGCAAGCUGUUCUGCAGCCCCAGCGACGCCAUGGUGUGGGCGAUGGACGCACGGGGGAACGUGUUUGUGCGCGUGGGCAUCUCCCACACGAUGCCCAUUGGCUGCAGCUGGGAGCACGUGCCGGGGCUGAAUGCGACGGCGCUGGCACUGAGCGAGCACACGGCGUGGGUGCUGUGCCCCGGCGGGGAGGUGGCACGGCGGUACGGCGUGCGGGAAGGCAACGCGGCUGGAGACUACUGGAAGCGCAUCCCUGGGCAGCUCUCCUCGCUUACCGUGACGGGCGCGGACGAGGUGUGGGGCUGCACGCCGGAGGGCGCGCUCGUGCGCCGUCUCACACGCCCACUCCGCCGCUCAACGGGGGCGGCUGCCCCACCGCACGCCUACCGUCUGGGCAGCACCGACGACAACGACGACGACUGGGAGCUGCUGUGAGGAGGCGUGCCAGCCCGGCGGGGCGCCCACGUGGGCAACCGCUGCCUCCCUCUGCCCGCGUCGCCCCGGCGACGCGAGGGUUAGGGCAGCGGGUUACCAAACUGCGCUACGUGGGCCGCCGCUGUGACGCU